UAGAAUUUUGAACUCACUUUAUGUCAGGUCAGAGGUCAGAGCGCAAAGGUAAAACAUUCAACACGGUAGGAGAACGGAGAAAUUGUGAAACUGUUUUUUCUAAGUCAAGACCGGCAGCAAUGCGAGAAAUUGGUUCAAUCGGGCAUCUUAAUUCUAGUAGUGAUGAAGAUGACGAGGGUCCUGAAGAGGUAACUUUUGUAAAAGCUAAAGAAGAUGCCAUUCGGCAGAUGAAAGAAGCAGUUGAUGUAGUGAAACGAGAAAAGGCCUUGCUGAAGCAGAAAAGACGGGAGCGGGAUGAACUGUUCAAGCAGCAGAAAAAAGAAAAGCAGCUUCCUGCUGACGUCCUAGCAGAAAUUGCUGCCGCACCACCUGUAAGGAACAAGGAAGUUGUCGAACAGGCUACUGGAAAAGGUGCUGAAGUAGUAGAAGAUACUGCAGAUACCGACGAGUCUGAAGAAGACCAACUAAAUGCCAGCAGGUUGGUGGGAAAUUAUAAAGCUGUACGGUUAAAGGGUCAAGGAAAUGCAAACGAUAGUCAAAAAAACGCAAAAGAUUUUAUAGAGAGGCGCCUGUAUGGUCCAGGCAAGAACAGAACUACUGUUAACAGAUUCUUCUCAGUAGCCAGUAAAACUGGGAAGACUAAACAAGCUGCUGUGCAUUUCAUUGACAAGUCAUGGGCCAUAGAGAAAAAACGGAAAGCUGAAAAGUUCAAGAAAAAGUGGAUUAAUAGACAGACGGCUGCUGGCAACUGAUUCGUUUGAACUUUUAGGCAGAAACUCACUAGUAAAGCCAAACCAAAGACUUAUGAACUAUUUAGUAAUAAAAGUAACAGUGUUGCUAACAUUCUCUGAGAGCAGCAAACUGACUGCAGAAGAGCAUUGAAGUUAAUACCUACAGUGUAAAUGCAUGUUUUUAUGGGGGCUAUACUUCCGGAAAAUUGAAGCUUAAUUCAUGGAAGUCGUGUUUUUUCUUUGGCAUAGAGUGGCUUUUUUGUCGAAAAUAUUUUAUUUGGUACAGGAUUUGUAACUGUACCCUCCCACACACUUUUCUUGGUUAUUGUGUUCUCGAUCCGUAACUGUCCUCCUGUCUGUGAAAUUACUGCUUGUUUUCAUAAAUGUUGUUUCUCUGCUAUCACAGUCAGUCCUGUGAGGAUUUCAGGUCUUCAGUGCAUGGCAUUUCCGGUCUCUUACAGUGUCUGGAGCGUGGGACAGAGUUAGUUGGCCCUUAACACUGUGUGAAGAACUUUUAUUUUCUCUUCAGUAAACGUUAGGGCAGGUGAUGUUUGACUGCUGAUGAGCCUUUACCCUUUCAUCUUCACAAUGAAGUUGUUCAUACAUGCAUGUGAACCCACUCAGCAUGGAGAUGUCUAUCCCACUUGACCCAGUUUGUAGCUCACUGCAAGUCUAGUUCCAUAUACUGGCAGUUUGCUUCUUUGUCAGGACUUCCAGGGGCAUAAUAUGUUGUUGUUUUUUGAUACUGCAGUGCAAGGGGGAUGUUCAGUUUAUUGAGUUUGUGUAAUCUUUGUGGAAGUAGCUAACUGCAAGUCUAGUUCCAUAUACUGGCAGUUUUCUUUGUCAGGACUUCCAUGGGCAUAAUAUGUUGUUUUUUGAUACUGCAGUGCAAGGGGGAUGUUCACUUUAUUGAGUUUGUGUAGUCCUUGUGGAAGCCAUUACCUGAGUUUAAGUACAGAGUGACAGAAACUUAUCUGAUUGCAGCUAUUGUGCAAAACAUUGAAUAUGUGAUGUGAUUUAAAAAUAAAUCUUUUGUUCAA